AUGAGGCAAAAUCUCCAGAUUGUUGUUCUCACAUUUAUCGUCAUAGUAUUAUCGUCGUUGCAAUCCAAUUGCAGAGAGCUUCGUCCGGCGGAGCACGGGCUAACGACGACGGAGAAUCAAAACUCAGAUUCCACUACAACGACUACAAACGAUGAGGUUCCGGAGAUGAUGUCGUUCUUCGGCGGUAAUGACGGCCGGCGGAAUACUCAGCCGCCGGUAGCAAAGCCGAUUGCGGAGAACGUGACGUGGAUCGGCGGAGAGAGAGGAGGAAUGGCAGUUCAUCACAACAGCAGAGAUCAUGUGAGGGAUGUGUUGUUGAUUUCCAGUUUGGUUUGUGGAGCUACCGGCGUCGUUUUGCUUGCCGUUUCAGUGUUUGUUUGCGUCGUUUUGAGGUUCAGAAAGGAAAAAUCAGUGGAAAAAGGAAAAGAAACGACGUCGUUGGCUACGCCAGUAGAUAACGUUGUUCUCGCCCAGAAAGGAACGUAACUACAGUGCUUCGAC